CUGGCGCUAAUGCAUUAUAGGCCUGCCUAAUUCAGUGUAGCCGUCUUGCUUAUCCGGCAUUGACAAUUAAUUGAGUUACUAUAUUCGGGAAGACGCACAUUCGUGCCGCCCCAUUGAUGCUACAUAUAAGUAUUCCAGAUGUCUUGGCGUUUCUUGGCUCCUCAUUUCCCGCCCGCUGUCUUCUUAUCGGGAGACAAGAACAGCAACGGCACGCGCGUCUCUUGGUUCCGUUGGCAGGAAUGGCAUUCAAGGUUCAUGGCAUGGGUAUACCGAACCCAUGGCUCAUUGCCAUCGGGCCUCCACGGCGGUGCCAUGGAUCGAAAAUGGUGGCAAUCUGAGUACUUAUAGUCGUGGGUUCAUCCCAUCUCUGAGUACCUUGAUGGACAACUCACGAAGCCAAUUCGCAGUUCGAUAACUCUGAAAAUGCUCUCCAAGGCCCUGCCCGUCGCCGCCCUUGCUGGCGCAGCUAUGGCUGCUUGCCCUCUCUCUGUUGAGAUUGCUGGCACUGACAGCCAUAUUGUCCAGGUCGCUGUCACCAACACUGGUAGCGAGCCUCUCACUGUCUUCAAGGGUAACACCGUUUUCAGUGAGCACGCUACUCUGGACCUCUUGGUAGAUGACGCCGAGGGCAAUGCUUUGCCAUUCGACGGUAUCUACGUCAACUACAAGAAGAGUGGUCUUGCACCUGAGCACUUCCAGACUAUCCAGCCUGGUGAGACUGUCACUGCCUCUGUUAACGCCGCCAAGACCUACAACCUUGACGGUGUCGCCGAGGCUCAGGUGACUGCUAUCCAGGGCUUCAAAUACAUUGAAGGAACCGAGGCUCCUGAGACGUUGGCCGACACCCAGUUCUGUGAGAGCGUCAGCUCCGCUCCCGCAACCAUCACCCCCGACCAGAGCAGUGUCGCUGAAACACACAUCAGCACCGUUGGUGCUGAUUUCAACUCCCGCAUCAAGAAGCGAGACAUCACCUACAGCUCUUGCACCACCGCCCAGACAACUUCUCUGAAGACCAGUGUCACGGAUGCCAUCUCGUUGGCCACCAACGCCAAGACCGCUGCCGCCUCUUCCUUGUACUACUACACCACCUGGUUCAAGUCCACCUCCGUCUUGACCAAGGUCCAGACCAUCUACCAGGAUGUCGUCAACGUGCGCACCACGUCGCCCAAGAUCUCCUGCACGGACACCUACAGCGACUGUACCGACGGCACUGCCCUGCUCUACACCGUCCCCAGCGCCAACGUCAUCGUCCCCUGCCCCAACAACGGCUACUGGGACUUCCCUGAGCUCGCCACCACCUGUACCGACUUCGACUACGACAAGGCCGGCUCCAUCCUCCACGAGAUGACCCACUUGUACGGCACCGACGACUACGCCUACGGACCCACGGCCGCCAAGAAGCUGACCGCUGCCCAGGCUGCUGCCAACGCCGACACCUAUGAGAUGUACUCCAACAGCGUCAGACUCAAGGGCUGCUCCGGCUAAAUCAUGUCAGGAGUAUUGUGGUAGGACCGAUAGCUAGUACUGGCAUUGCGUGGCUAUGUUUGAACGCAAGGAGAAUAUACAAUCGGUACUCA